UUGGAGGGUAGUUGGCAUCUUUCUUUUGGUGUUUUCACUGACAAGAAUAAAUUCCCUGCCAACAUUCUUUGUCAUCUUCUCACUUUAACACUAGAAUCAGCUGAUUUAGCAGAGAAACUAACAAAAAUCAGAGAUGGGUGUGAUAAAGGCAGCCAUAGGUGAUGCAACUUUGACAUCCUUGUGGGUGUUUAGCCUUCCACUUUUGGGCCUUUUUACACGCAUAAUUUCAACUUUUCUAGGAGUUCAAACCUUGCUACCAGUAAAUCUAUUCAUCAGCAUAAAUUUGGCAACAAUUUUGGUACUAUUAAUCAGCUUGAUAGGCAGUGCCCUCGGUGGUGCCAGCUUCAAUCCCACCACUACUGUCUCCUUGCUUGCCGCCGGCCUUAAACCGGAUGCCUCCCUCUUCUCCAUGGCCGUUCGGUUUCCGGCCCAGGCUGCCGGUGGAGUUGCAGGUGCCUUGGCGAAUAUGCAGGUAAUGCCAAAAGAGUACAAGCAUAUGCUGAAGGGGCCAUAUUUGAAAGUGGAAUUGCAUGAGGGAGCCAUAGCUGAGGGGGUGUUGACCUUUGUGCUGUCUUUUGCUUUGCUUUUUAUUAUGGCGAACGGUCCUAAAAACAUACUUUUGAAGAUUUGGCUGCUUGCUAUGGCAACUGUGGGAAUAGUUUUUGCAGGUUCAAAUUACACUGGACCUUCCAUGAAUCCUGCUAAUGCCUUUGGCUGGGCAUUUGUGAACGAUAGGCACAACAAUUGGCAGAUGUUUUAUGUUUACUGGAUUUCUCCAUUGACCGGGGCAACUUUGGCUGGUUGGUUUUUUAAGUUUCUUUUUCCUGCUAAAUCCAAUAAAGAGAAAAAUGCCUAAAAGCUGAAAUAUAUAUAUAUAUAUAUAUAUUGAAUUCGACUAUGCUUUUUUCCAAUUUGUUGUACUACCAUUUUAUCUAUUGAAAUAAUAUUCCACGUG